GAGACUGAGAAAGAGGUAAUCAUGGUUAAAGUACUCGAAAACUAUUACCCAAAAAUGAAAUACCUUAAGUUAGAACAGCCAGAAAAUACAAAAGCCACAGGUAUAUUGGAAGCUAUAAAUAAGGCAUUUACUGAGUUUGAUUUGCAGGAUUAUAAACAGAAGACAGUAGGGUUUUGUUCUGACGGAGCAAGUGUAAUGAUGGGAUCUCGCCGUGGUGUCAUAACAUUAAUGAAAGAAGAAGGCAAUGCAGAUUGGAUUUUGUCUGUUUGGUGUCUGGCACAUAGGUUGGAGUUAGCUGUGAAAGACUCCUUCAAAGGGACUUACAUGGACAAAGUAAUAGAAAUGCUAGUCUCCAUAUACCAGUUUUACAAGUGUUCAGCAAAACGUAAUAAAGAAGCUAAUGAUAUCGCUGAUUUACUUGGAGAACAUUUCUUGAAACCUGAAAAAGCAAAUGGAACAAGGUGGGUCAAUCAUAAACUGAAAGCAGUCACUAAGUUACUGAAGAACUGGCCCAUCAUUGUAACUCAAAUGGAGAAUUACGCAGAAGAUAAUUCUAAUAAAGCAGAAGACAGAGCAAGAGUCAGAGGCUACCUCAUAAUGCUAAAGCAGCAUAAAAUGCUAAGAUACAUUGCUUUUGUUAAAGAUGUCCUCAACGAAGUAGCAAAGAUCAGCCUUUUAUUUCAGCGAGAGGACAUUACCGUGUAUAGUGCAGUUACAAAACUGCAGAGUGCUGAGGGAACUCUACGUCAGAUGUUUGACAAUGAUGGGCCAGCUGUUACUGAGUUGCAGCAUGAAAUACAAGACAAUCAAUACCGUGGACACACUCUUUUAAACAUGCUUGCCGAAGACUGUCAUUCCCUUAUUACUGACAGACAAAGGAUUGUACAGUCUGUCAUAGACUGCAUAGCUGCAAGGUUUGACAACAUAGUGUCAGAGAGUAUAUAUCUUGCAUGUAAUGCAUUUGAUCACAAAAACUGGCCCCUUCCAAAUGAGAGAGCUGCCCUUCUCCUUUAUGGAGUGGAAGACGUAAGGGUUGUUUACAGACAUUUCUCAACUGUCCUACAGAAUGCUGACUGCGAUCUAGUCAACGCCCUCAGUCAAUGGAAUGACUUGAAAAUCCAUGUUGCCAACACAGCUCGCUAUGCAACAAUGCACCCACUUCUAGUCUGGCAGAUGAUUAGUCAAGAAGACUCAGAUAAAGGGGACUAUAAGGACAUAUUAAAAGUCAUUCAUUUGACAAGUGUAUACCCUCUCUCCAAUGCCUCAUGUGAACGGGCCUUUUCUACUAUGAAACGGAUCAAAACUGACUGGAGGUGUAAUCUGAAUGUGGAUAUGAUGGAUAUCUUAAUGAGGAUUUCAGUCACCAAUGUUAAAUUUAAUGACUUCAAUCCAAGACCAGCAGUAAGGAGAUGGUGGCUAAGUGGUCAGAGACAGAAGAGACCAAACAUAUUGCCAUAUGGUCACAGGAAUUAAAAUGUGCCCUUAGUGACUUGACUGACAGUGACUGCAUACAGUUUCAGUUCAUUAGUUAAUUCUUUAGCAAAACAUUAAAAUUGUGUUAAAGGAGUGACUAGUCACAAUAAUGAAUUGACUUAAAUAGUUAACUUUAGUCUGUUUACCUAACAUGGAUUAAACCUUUUGUUCUGGCCAGUAAAAAUCUAUAAAAUACCCGUGUUUGAUUUUAGCUAGUAUCUUUUCC